AUGGCGAGAGCUGUCGCUUCUUCCUUCACACGCCUAUCCACGCAUUUCACAAUGCGCAUUUUGUCCACCACCACUUCCGCCGCCGGCGCACUGUCUAAACCUUCAUCCCUCACAUCCCGUCGUUUUAUCCUCCCUGUGUCCCAAGCCAUACUCCAGUCGCUUACUCCGACAGCCCAUUUCGGAGUGAGCCGCGCCGGUUACUCGUCCUAUUCGCCGCUAAACUCGGGGUCCUCCUCCUCUUCCUCCUUCAGCGACCGACCUCCUACUGAGAUGGCCCCACUCUUCCCUGGUUGCGAUUACAACCACUGGCUCAUCGUUAUGGACAAACCCGGCGGUGAAGGUGCUACCAAGCAACAGAUGAUUGAUGCUUACGUCCAAACCCUUGCCAAAAUUCUCGGAAGCGAGGAGGAAGCUAAGAAGAAGAUUUACAAUGUAUCUUGUGAGAGGUACUUUGGAUUUGGCUGUGAGAUUGACGAGGAGACUUCUAAUAAGCUGGAAGGGUUGCCCGGAGUUCUGUUUGUCCUCCCUGAUUCGUAUGUUGAUCCAGAGUACAAGGACUAUGGUGCUGAAUUAUAUGUGAAUGGAGAGAUUGUUCAGAGACCACCUGAAAGACAGAGAAGGGUGGAGCCACAGCCACAAAGGCACCAUGACAGACCAAGAUAUAAUGAUAAAACAAAGUAUGUCCGGCGCAGGGAAAACCAGAGGUGA